CCCAGCAUGGUCAUGGCGGAGGGCCCGAGGCACUUGCAGCGCGGGCCGGUCCGGGUGGGGUUCUACGACAUCGAGGGCACGCUGGGCAAGGGCAACUUCGCGGUAGUGAAGCUGGGGCGGCACCGGAUCACCAAAACGGAGGUGGCGAUAAAAAUAAUUGAUAAAUCUCAGCUGGAUGCAGUGAACCUUGAGAAAAUCUACCGAGAGGUACAAAUAAUGAAACUGUUAGACCACCCUCACAUAAUCAAACUUUAUCAGGUAAUGGAGACCAAGAGCAUGUUGUACCUUGUAACAGAAUAUGCCAAAAAUGGGGAAAUUUUUGACUACCUUGCUAACCAUGGCCGGUUAAAUGAGUCUGAAGCUAGGAGAAAAUUCUGGCAGAUCCUUUCUGCUGUUGAUUAUUGUCAUGGUCGGAAGGUUGUGCACCGUGACCUCAAGGCUGAAAAUCUUCUGCUGGAUAACAACAUGAAUAUCAAAAUAGCAGAUUUCGGUUUUGGAAAUUUCUUUAAAAAUGGUGAACUGCUGGCAACAUGGUGUGGCAGCCCCCCUUAUGCAGCCCCAGAAGUCUUUGAAGGGCAACAGUAUGAAGGACCACAGCUGGAUAUUUGGAGCAUGGGAGUUGUUCUUUACGUUCUUGUCUGUGGAGCACUACCUUUUGAUGGACCAACUCUUCCAAUAUUGAGGCAGAGGGUUUUGGAAGGAAGAUUUCGGAUUCCAUAUUUCAUGUCGGAAGAUUGUGAGCACCUCAUUCGGAGAAUGUUGGUCCUGGACCCAUCUAAACGGCUAACCGUAGCUCAGAUAAAGGAGCAUAAGUGGAUGCUCAUAGAAGUUCCUGUACAGAGACCUAUUCUCUAUCCACAAGAGCAAGAAAAUGAGCCCUCCAUUGGGGAAUUUAAUGAGCAGGUUCUGCGACUCAUGCACAGCCUUGGAAUAGAUCAGCAGAAAACCAUUGAGUCUUUACAAAACAAAAGCUACAACCACUUCGCCGCCAUCUACUUCUUGUUGGUGGAACGCCUGAAGUCCCAUAGGAGCAGCUUUCCCGUGGAUCAGAGACUUGAUGGGCGCCAGCGCAGGCCUAGCACCAUCGCAGAACAAACAGUGGCCAAGGCACAGACUGUGGGACUCCCAGCGGCCAUGCAUUCGCCGAACAUGAGACUGAUGCGAUCUGCGCUCCUGUCGCAGGCAUCCACUGUGGAGGCCUUUGCAUUUCCAGCAUCCAGCUGCCAGGCAGAAGCCGCGUUCAUGGAAGAGGAGAGCGUUGACACCCCGAAGGUAAAUGGCUGUCUGCUUGACCCCGUGCCUCCGGUCCUGGUGAGGAAGGGCUGCCAGUCGCUGCCUGGGAGCAUGAUGGAGACCUCCAUCGACGAAGGACUGGAGACUGAAGGAGAGGCUGAGGAAGAGCCCGGGCACGCCUUCGAGGCCUUCCAGACCACACGCAGUGGGCAGAGACGGCACACUCUGUCGGAGGUGACCAACCAGCUGGUCGUGAUGCCAGGAGCAGGAAAAAUUUUCUCCAUGAGUGACAGCCCAUCCCUUGACAGUGUGGAUUCUGAGUACGAUAUGGGGUCCACGCAGAGGGAGCUGAACUUCCUGGAGGAUAACCCUGCCCUGAAGGAUAUCAUGUUAGCCAACCAGCCCUCUCCCCGCAUGACAUCACCCUUCGUAAGCCUGAGACCUACCAACCCAGCCAUGCAGGCCCUAAGCUCCCAGAAACGAGAGGUCCACAAUAGGUCACCGGUGAGCUUCAGAGAAGGCCGUAGGGCAUCGGAUACCUCCCUUACCCAAGGAAUUGUAGCAUUUAGACAGCAUCUUCAGAAUCUUGCUAGAACCAAAGGCAUUCUGGAGUUGAACAAAGUGCAGUUGUUAUAUGAACAAAUAGGGUCAGAAGCUGACCCUGCCUUGGCCUCAGCUUCCCCCCAGCUCCAAGACCUCGCUAGCAGCUGCUCUCAGGAGGAAGUUCCUCAGCCACAGGAAAAUGUCUCCACCCUGCCUAGCAGUGUGCAUCCUCAGCUUGCCCAGCGGCAAAGCCUGGAAACGCAGUACCUGCCGCACAGGCUUCAGAAACCUAGCCUUCUGUCAAAGGCCCAGAACACCUGUCAGCUUUAUUGUAAAGAGCCGCCGCGGAGCCUGGAACAGCAGCUGCAAGAGCACAGGCUCCAACAGAAGCGACUCUUCCUCCAGAAGCAGUCCCAGCUGCAGGCGUAUUUCAAUCAGAUGCAGAUAGCUGAGAGCUCCUACCCUCCACCGAGUCAGCAGCUGCCCCUUCCCCACCAGGAGACUCCAGCUUCAUCUCAGCAGUCCCCACCAUUCAGCCUGCCCCAGCCCCUGGGCCCCGUCCUGGAGCCUUCCUCUGAGCAAAUGCAAUACAGCCCUUUCCUCAGCCAGUAUGAGGAAAUGCGGCUGCAGCCACUGCCCUCCACACCUAGCCGGGCAGCUGCACCAUUGCCCACACAGCUGCAGCCGCAGCCACCACCCCCACCACCUCCUCCGCCACCACAACAGCCAGGAGCUGCUCCCACCCCCGUACCAUUCUCCUAUCAGACUUGUGAGCUGCCAAGUGCCACCUCCUCUGCUCCAGACUACCCCGCUCCCUGUCCAUACCCUGUGGAUGGAGCCCAGCAGAGCACAGGCCCAGACUGCCCCAGGAGCUCAGGACUGCAGGAGGCCCCCUCCAGCUACGACCCGCUGGCCCUACCCGAGUUGCCAGGACUCUUUGAUUGUGAAAUGCUAGAUGCUGUGGAUCCACAACACAAUGGAGUGGCUUGUCCUAUCAGCAGAUGAAUGCGUUAAGCACAAAGCGUCUUCCUUAAAGCACAAAGAAGAGAGCUACUACACUGAUGCUGCAUCUAGAAACACCUUUCGGUUGCCUUUCCUCUCUGUAGUCAGCACCCAAGCAGGCAAGGGAAGUGGGGCGUCUGAGAGCUGUCCUGGCCGUCCCAGCCCUACCAGAGCUGGAGACUUGAGACACUCGUGUGUGGCGGCCAGGCUGCUCAUGCUGGGCCCCCCUCCUGCACCAGGCCGCUCCCCAGAGGUACUCUGCUGGAGUCAGCAGGAGAGGGUAGUGGGGGGUGUCAUUUUUGUGAUUUAACCACACAGUGAAAAUCUAGGAAGAAUGAAUUAUAUCCCUUUUAUGGAUUGUUCAUUCCUCCUCGUGCUUAAGAUUGAUGAUUUUUUUCAAACAGAACAUCAUUUAAGAGAUCAUUUCAUUAAGAUCUCUAAAUCUCUACAAAAGCAGCCAUCUAUAAUAUAAGGUUUGAUUUGUGUAGACUGAAGGAGGAUGUUUUCCUACAAUUUGCUACAGAAGCACUGUAAUACUGCUGAAGUUAAAAUGCCUUCCAGAUUGAAAAUGAGGGACGUUCCUUUCAGUACUGGAGGAAUGGCAGUGACAGAUUGGCAUAAACUCCUGCCCCCAGCAGGGCCGCGAGCGCUUAGCCCAGGUGACCUGAGCAGGCACUGUGGCAGGAGUUAGGCGACAGAUGAGGGCCGAUGGAAAGGCUGUUGGAAGGUUAAAAGAGCCAGAAAAGCUGGGAGGCACCGCGGCAUGGUGUGGACGCUCACCUGGGGAAGAGUGCGACCCUGCGGCUGGACCCUCUGGUGCAAGCUCCCGUUUGCUCCUCUCACUUAAGCAGAAGCCAGUAAAUUCCACAGCCCCAUGGAUUUCCAGAAACGUGUGCUGGUGAGCUGAGGCUGAUUCUGUUAUCAGAUAGGUGUCUGCUGUCUGCCUCUGUUCUGCUGUUCACUACCUAGUGACCCUUGGAGACCUCUGAGCAGCUUUCACAGACCCUAAAGUAACACUAAGAAAACUCAGGACCACUCUUGAUGAGAGGUCGCUUUAAAAUACUAACCCACCAGUCUCUCGCCUCAGCAGUGUGUCCCUACUGUAUAAUAAUCAUUAGCUUUAUUGCCUCGUCAGCCAGGCUCCUCUGAAGAGACGUUGGUGAGAUGAACGUGAGGUAAAAGUGCAAUAUGUGUGGUAAUUUUUUUAUUUUUUAUGAUUUCUUUUUUAAUCCGGGGGUAUUGAUCUUCACUUUGGGGAGAUGCACUAGCUCUGCAGUGUCCAGUUGGGCAGACGUGUCCCCAGUACCUACGUGCAGCUGAAAGGCUGUCCCUGCAAAGCAAACAAAGCACUUAGCACGUUAUUUCGUGAGAGCUGCUCCAACCCCACCUGGCUCUGACAAGGCCUGUCCUGCCCUCUGACCGCCAUGGGAACAGGGACGUGGUUGGUACCCACACCACGGCCCUCCAGAACCCCGACUGGGGACCAGUAGGGCCUACCAGGAGGACUAGCGUUGGGACCGAAGGGCUGUUAGAGCUGGCCAGAGCAAAACUUCCCUGGUCAGACUUUGCCUCCUAGAAAAUUCUUCCUCAGAAUCAAGAACUCCCAAGUAUUUAAACUGUGCCCUGGUGCCAGAGGGGAGAUGAAGUCAGCUGUCAAGACUGGAGUCUGGGCACAGGAGGACAUCUGCAGUUUCACCCUCCCCCCGCCCACAGCCCCUCUAGGAUGAGGUGCCCUCUCUCUUGCCAUGCGCUGCAGGUGUCACUAUACCUAAGGCAGGGACACUCAGAAGGAUCUCUUCCUGGUCAUUAGAACUGGGUAAAAGCCACAUAAGGUGGAGGGUGACUCAAAGAAGAGGUGGUGGGAAGCAGCCGCUUCAGUGGCAGGUGCUCAGAUCUGGGUGUGUGGGUUUGUCAUGUGCAGCACAGGACACAGGGUCAGGGGGCCUCCUUUGCUGCUUCUUGAAACACGAGGCAAGCUCUAGUUUCCCAAGUAUAUGGGAUCAGAAUUUUUUCUGCUCUGGAUUACCAGUGUCAUUACACUUAAGCUCCCCACUGGGUUAAAGAAAAUUGAUACUCCAGAUAAGUCCUUCAGAGGCCAUGCAUAGUACCAUUUGCCAACACAAGUCCUAUGGACAGCGGGGAACCUCUGGCUGGGACUGACCUUGGCUGCAUUUGUGCCCCGCUGCUGGGCUGCCUCUACUGUCUCCUGAGAAGCCACCCAAGCCGCUCGGCCUCUUUGUGCUUAGACAUCAAUGGUAAAAACUGGAGAAGAGGUAAUACGUUGGAAUAAUUGUUUAGGAACGGGUCUUUGCUUAUUUUGUUUCUAGAAGGUUUUUUCAGAAGUUAUCUUCAGAGUAAUUUGUAGGAGAGCAGUAUCUGCCUAUUCUUCAAAACUGGACAAAAUACAUUUUUAAAAAUUUAUCCAUCCCCUUUCACGGGUUCUGCCUACGGCCAGCGUAAGUGACUGAUAACACAGUUCCUUCUCAGGGCCCUUGGGGAUGGCAGAACCGACCGAGGCAGUGCCCUUCAAGGCCUACCUCAGUCCCUGAACUUAAUUUCGCAGGACCCCCUCACAUAUUUCAUAACUUUCCCCACUUAGGGCGUUCUGGCUGACUCUGAAAGAUACCUGGCCAUCCUAGUUGCGCCACCGUCUACUUCUACGUCUUGUCUGGGUGGAUUCAGGCACACACUAUUGCAUAGAUGAGAUACAGGCAGCGAGUGCUGCUGCCCAGAGACUCAGCCAGGGACGGCUUUGAUGGUUCCUGCCCAAAUACUGUUCAGCUGGCCUGUCCAAAAGCAGCAGAGGCUUCUAUUUCUACAGUAACUUACCAAGCACUUUCCUAAGUAAUCUCUUACAAUCUUCACAACAGUUCUGUGAAGGUAGGGGUACUGUCCUUAUUAUUCACAGCUGAGAAAACAAGGCUCUUGGAUUGUGUAUGUGACGUAUCUGAGGUCACAAAGCUUACAGGCCAAACACUUGUGGUUGACUGGUUUCUAAGGCUGUGAGAAGCCUCUUUCCUCAAGAGCACCUGACUGUUUUCAUAAGCAAACAGCCAUGUAAAAAAAGCCUCCAUUGUGGUCAAGCACUGGGUAAGUAUGACACUGUCUCAAGGGCAGCCUUCUCGGUAGCCUACACCAGAAGAGGCGGAGAAGACAGAUCCAGCCUGGCCAUCCUCUCAGUGCUCAGUGAACUGCUGAAGCCUAGGCUCAUGUCAAAGAUUCCAAGUGAUCUACUCUUUUCCUUGGUCAGUGUGUGAUAGAAGGGCCCACCCACCCCCCCCCUUGAUCACCAGGAGGCAGGGUAGUCCAGCAUCAGCCACCAGUGCAGGACUCCAAAGGGACUGCCGCAGAGAAAAUCACGAACUCAGCCUUGACAGUGAGGAGGGCAUAACAUUCCCUUACAGUUAAAUCCCUUCAGGUAGGAGUGCUUAUGAGACACGUUUAGGAUCGAAGG